GUCCAGUGUGACGUAGCGUAUGUCAUAUGACUACACAACAGGAAGAGCAGGAUAUGUGAUGGUGGUAUGUGAUUUUUGGAGAACCUGCAGUUAAAAAAGACUGGCAAUAAUGGCUACUAUCAUUAAGGAAACGCUUAGUAUUAAGGAGGCAAUGACGCAUAUUAACACGAUUGACAUCAGCAAGUUCUCUCGGCUCCUCUCGCGAAUAUUGCAGAAACUACAUCUAAAGACAGAGCGCCCUUUUAGUGAGGAGGAGGAAGAGAAGCUGCAGAGUGCUCUAUCCAUGGAGAGGCCUGUCCUAACUCUGGUGCUGGAGACCAUCUCUUUCAUUUUGGAACAGGCUGUGUACCACAACACAAAGCCAGCCACUCUGAAGCAACAGCUGGAGGCAUUAGGCAUGGAGCCAGAUAAGGCAGACACUCUCUGCCAGGCUUGGACCACCACUGGCCCAGAUGUCAUUGAGAAGAUCCGAGAGAGAAUCUUUGCUCCUAAAAAGCUGGAGCAGGUUGGCUGGCAAAUGAGUCUGCAGAUGGGCCAGUCCAACCAGGCCAAGCUCAAGGCCCCUCAUGCUGUGCUGGAGCUGGGACUUCAAAAUGAAGAUACAGAGGAACGUGAGAAUGUCCUAGUGGAGUUCAACCAUCAGCAGCUGCUGGAGUUCUACCACAAGCUAGAGACGAUACAAGCUCAGCUGGACUCGCUCACUUGAGGCCAAAGUCCCACCCACCAUCCCAUUUCUACAGAUUAAGCGGUGAAGGCUGGGCUCUCCAUGCACUGAGCAGGGGGAACAACUGAUGGACAAUUUUUAGUAUUAUGUUAAUUGUUCUUUUUCUACAAAAUUCUCUCAACACCUCUUGUUUUUUUUUUCUAAACCCUUUAUAGUGUUCAGACCCUGAAGUUGAGCACAUAGUUUGUGUAUAUAAAAAAUAAAACAUGAUUUUUUUUUCUCUCA